CAAAAUAACUAUCUCAAAUGAUCAAUAGUCAACCCCCAUUUGUGUAUUCUAAACACACUAUAACAUCAUUGCUAAUAAAUACAGGACCAGAGGCAUCAGAAUAUUCAGUAUUCACCACUACUUUUUCAUUUAGCAUCUAUUCAAUUCCAAGUGAGAAGCACGAAAAUGGGUGCCUGUUUAUCUCUUAAGUCAUCUUCCACCUUCAAGAAUGUGCGAGUGGUUCAUCUCAAUGGUUAUGUAGAGUAUUUUGAGCAACCCAUUUCAGCAAGCCAAGUAAUUGACACCCCCGAAAAACACUUUGUUUGCACCUCCUUUCAGCUUCUUUCCUCAACACCAUUCAAGGGAGAUACCCAACUCCAACUUGGGCAAGUGUAUUUCAUGCUCCCAUACUCAAUGUUCCAAACUGAGUUUUCCCCUAUGGAUUUGGCUUGCCUAGCAAAGAGGCUCACUGCAAUAGCCAAAACCAGGUCAUGUAAUUCUGACUCAAAAAAACUCAGGAGUCCUUGCAGAGUCGCCGUGGCUGAGAAAGUUGGUGUGAAUAUGAUGAAUGGGGGACGAAGCCCUUGUAGGUUGAAAACAUGGAAACCUGUCUUGGACACUAUCACAGAAAAGUCAUUCCAUAGCAAUAGGAGUUGUGAAUCAGUUUUGUAUGAGAAAAAUUAAUUCUCAUGUCCUGUACUCAUGAAUGUCCUCAAGGACUUCAUAAUACUAUUAAUUGUUAGGCAUUUGGAUAUUACAGAUUUCAUAUCCAAAUCUUAUGAAAAAAAUGUAAAUAAGGUACGCUUUUUGCUUAGUUAGUUCUU